AGGGGGGAGAGAGAGACAGAGGAAGAAAGAGAGAGGGGGAAAAGAGAGCGAGAGGGGGAGAGAGAGUUAAAGCGACCAAGCGCUCGAGCUCACAUCCACAUAGUUGUCUUGAGAGGCGAGAUGCACGCAAGCCGUUUAGUCAAAUUCUCUAACGGAACCGCCGUUUGAACGAGGCACGGGCCACACAUCUAGAAUCGUCGUUAACGGAACGGAAACUAGUGUUUGGGCUAGAACGUUUAUUCUCGAGGGGUUACAUCCUGGAAUUUGCGCAUGUCUAUUGUUUGUAAACUAAAUUAACCACACAUUCUGUCUGCCUGACGACUAACUCACUGAAAUGAAAUACCGACGCGACGAUUUGGUGCAGCAAGUGAUCCGCUGUGGUCUGUUCAACCGGAAAAAUAUAAAUCUGGUAAGCAUAAACGAUUCUCACUCGCCACGCGAUUAGAAACGUCUCUCGGUCACCUUCGAAAUUAACGAAUGUCUUUUGGCGACGUGCGUGGCGCGAGUGAGCGCGUGCGAGUGAGUGACCGAUAGUCCUUUUUGAGAACGAGAGAGGGAGCGAGGGAGAGAGAAAGACUGGAUAUAAACAGCACCCAGAGAUCCAGGCAGUGCGAGCCAGCUCAGCCGAGUAUCCGCUCAGCUACACUCCCACUCCCGCGUACCCAUGCAGGAUGUCCGGGCUGGGGCGGAGAGUCCUGGUCCUGCUCGGCCCGAGUUCAUGACGCUCUGGGUGGCCUCGUCAUGUGUCUCUUGCCCGGCCCCAGCGCACAGUCCCUCCGUCUGCUGUUUCUCUUGGUGUUUGUGAUGGGGGUGGCUCCGUCCCCGGCCCUGACAGCCGGCUGCCCUGACAGAUGCGUGUGUGACGACCAGCUCGUGGUUCAGUGCGCCGGGCAGGAUCUCACGCGCUUCCCCACCGACCUUCCUCUGGCCACGCGGCAGCUAAUCAUCUCCAACAACCGCAUCGGAGACCUUCCCGCGCUGCAGCUUAACUACCUGUCUGACUUGGUGUACCUGGACUGCAGCAACAACUCUCUCACCGAGAUCUCCGAGUCCACAUUCGGGAAUCUUCGGAAACUGGCUUACCUGGACCUUUCCUAUAACAAACUCGCUCUAAUCGAGGACCGGACGUUCGGGCCCUUGACGUCCCUGGUGAUGCUGCGGCUGACGGAUAACCCGAGCCUGGCCGAGAUCCACCCGGACGCGUUCGCGGAGAACACGGCCCUGCAGGUUCUGGAUGUGUCCCGGAACAACCUGACCGGACUGAACAUCAGCACGCUGAUCGCACUGCCCGCGCUCCGCUCCCUGGGGCUGAGCGGGAACCCGUGGCGUUGUGACUGUGACACGGAGGACCUCUGCUUGUGGGUGCAGAUCGAGGGCUUCAAGUUCCAAGGUGAGGAACUCUGGUCUCUCUCUCUCUGUCAGCACGGCACUUUUUAGUUAUUAAGGUUUGAACUCCUUAAAAUGUUGUCGAAAAACUAUAAUCAUGCAUUGAUUUAGCAGACGU